CCACCCUGUCGAUUGAGGUUAACUGGUGAGGGUUAAUGAAUGGCCGUUGGUGCUUGAGCUGGGACAAGAUGUCGUUCCACAAGGCGACAUCCUCGCACUCACAAAUGGAGAAAAUGAAGGCGUAUCGUCGCUUACGCCAAUGCUGUUCCUUCUCGGACGUGUUCAUCUACACCCAAGACCAUCAAAGCAUUUCGGCCCACCGCCCUGUCCUGGCCGCCCACUCGCCUUGGCUGGCCCGUCUCUUUGACUACUUUGACUGCGGUUGUGGCAAUGCCAGUUGCGGUCAAAAUGGACGCGGCGAGGUGCGACUCAUGAUUCCCGGAGUGGACAUGGACCACUUGGAGCGAUUGAUGGACUUACUCUAUUUGGGCUGGGUUCAACUCGGGUCGUCUGAGGAAUACGCCCACUUGCAAACCCUGGCCCAACUCUUGGGCAUCCGUCGAUUCCCGCCCAUGCCGCGUCAGGCUUUCCGUCAGACACAGGUCGAGGUGAUUGACUUGCUGGAGGAAGAAGAUCUCGACGAAAUGGAAGAGGACGAGGAGGACGAGGAAUUGGAGCUCGAGCCCGAGUCCGAAUCCUCAGAUUCGCCGACCUGGGAUCCCGAGUUGGCUGAGUUUUCCUAUCUGAUUGAGGAUUUCCCAGACCAUGAGCCUACCGAUGACAACAUGAAGGAAUGGGCCAAACCAAGCUCGGAGGUCUCCUUUGCAUCGGAGCCCAUUCUGGAUCAACAAGAUCCCCUGUCCAACCCAGAGGGUUUGCAAGUUGAUCAGUAUUACACGGACGAACCAGAGCCCGAUUUGCCCGAAUCCGCGGCGGUUUGUGUGUAUUGUUACCAGGUUUUCAGGGAGCCAGUCGAUCUGGUUGCUCACCUUUCUCAAGAUCAUCCUCAAUCAGUCCCCGAGAUCGAAAGUAUGGUCCAAAAUUUCUCGUCCAAUGAUGUCACCGCUCCCUCGAAUCUUGGAGCUCGCUCCUCUGAUUCUUCUCAGACAGACGGGCAACCUCAAUCAUUCCCAAGUCAGAUAGAUCCAAUCACGAAAAUGGCUUCAGACUCCAGGCUUGGAGACUUCCUUCAGCCCCCCAAAGUCAAUUCUAGCCCCUUGCCGUCCUUUGCCCGAAUAAGAAUACUCCCACGAAAACAGCCAGUUCUGAAAGUUACCCCAGAAAAGGACACCAAUCCUGGCCAAGCCCAGAAAUGUGAGCUCCAAACAGAUCUCGCCCCAAACUUGCCAAGUCAACUUGAAAUCUUUAGGCUUCCGCAAAGUUUGCCAUCUGAUCAAAACCUCGAUACAAGCGCUGAGGAGCUGAAACGAAUAAUGUCUUUCAGCCCCAAGUUUCGACCUAAGGCGGAAGGUGAUGUGUUCAAAGGGCAGAUAGUUGAAGCUUCGCACAAAUGUGUUUCGUCUUCUCAAAAUAUUUUGCACCAACCUGAACCCAUGGAAAGCUCUCCAAUGAUGCCCUCCGAUCCACCUACCGAGGCUACUUCACAAUUGGGAACGCACACAACUUCCAAUGCCGAACCCAAUUCUCAUGUAGAUCGUGAUGCAAUCAAUGAGCCAGAGAACGUUCAACAAAUGAAAUUGGGGUUGUCUGGAAAUCCCAAUCUCCAACAAUUGAAAUCAGUAAUGACUGCUAGUCCCAAAAUUAGGGAACUGUCCGAACAAGAUGAGGUUCACGAGGUAGCUGAGUGUGCUGCAUUGGCUAAGGAGCCGACAUCGCUUGAACUCAAUGAACCAGUACAAAACCAGACCUCCGAGAUCACACAACAAUUGGAACCACAGGCGACUUCCAAACCCGCAUCCCAAUGUGAGAAGGUUGGACAAUGGGUCGAAUUUCGUCAAGAUCAGGAGACUGCUCAACUUGUUCCUCAGGAAUCAGAAAUUUUGCAAUCUCAGCAAACUUGUCAGUUCAAUCAACAACUGAAACCAGAAAUGACCUCUGACAUGGUUGAUGCCGGAGUCCAUGAGACCGUUGACACAGAGACAGUCCAAAUUUCGCCUAGACAAUCCGAUGAUUCUCCGUCGCAAUUGAAACCUAUUGAACGUGUUUCAGCUCCUCCAGAUAUCCAUUCUACUCGAAGGGAUGAACCUGAGCCUGACCCAGAAAUAGGAUUCGGUCUCCAACCACAACCUGAUGUGGAUGAUGAACUAACGAAAAGAGAAGAGGCACUUCAAGGUUUUGUCUUGGCCCAAAAUCCCCUUCAGAAUUUGGAAUCUCGGAAAAGUGACCACACUAAAUCAGUUGAAUCAGAAGUGUCUAUGACACCUGAAAUGGAUGGGAAUCUGUCCAGGAAGAGUCAGGUUCAAGUUCAAUUUGUCGACGAGGCUCAACAUCAGAUAUCGGAUUAUCCCGAGCAUUUGACAAACGUUCAGAUUUUCCAAUCCACCAAGGAAUGUGAGGUCCCUGAACAAUCGGCCCCUGAAAUGGGUUCCGUUCCACAACCUCAGCUGGACAGAGAUGUAGUAGACUUAACUCAACAUGUAACGCCUCAACCAUCUCAAGCAACUCGGUCCCUCACUUUCACAUCUAGCUCACAGGAACGUAAUCCUACCCUUGAUACCGGGACCCAACCAUGUAAGUCAAACGUUAGACCUGCUCUGUUGGACACCUUUGUUGAAUCCCCCGAGCAAAUUUUGGCAACCAACCCGAACCGUGCAACACCCUCCAGAUCCAGGUCCGAGAGAGACGAAGCUCAUGAGACUCUAGGUUCAGGAACCGCCCAAUAUGUUAUAUCUAGUCAACAUGUCAUUGAGCAAUCUGAAUCCUCAGGAACCAUUGCAUGCGAGCAAUUCAAUCCCAUUCAACAGUCUGAAACAGAGAGAAGUCCCUCACCCAAGUCCAGAGCCGCCCCCAACGAGGAACAAGUGGAACAACCCGAGUUGAUUAAAACAGAAUCUGGAACUCGAAAUUCAAAACCCAAAAAAACGCGUGCAAAACGGCCCACCAAAACUUGUCCUAAGCCAUUGAAACCAAAACCCGCCCCUCGUCCGAGACCCAAACCUGGCAAACGAGGUAAAUCGAAGGUCGAACAACCUGAAGAUGAGUCUCCUUAUCUUGGCCAGAAGCUACCAUCCGUGAAAAAACAGGGACCCAAAAAGCACCCCGCCAAGGGAGGCAAGAACAAAAGAGCAACCAAAUGCGUCACAUCUGAGGGUCCUGCCCCAAAUUCCCUGUCUGAAGGGGAUUUUGAGGCUACUAUUGCCCAAGAAACACGUAAUCUUGCUCAAAUGGCGGAGACAAAUAAUACAUCAUCGGUGCUUGACGCAUUGGAACACGAAAUGGAAGGCAACCUUCAAGCUUGUCCAGGAACAGUUGAUAUCAGUGAUUCAGUUUCUCAAGAGCCCUGUCUACCCAUCACCACCAAGAAGGAAUCUUCCGCAAAUCUGGAGAUUGCGACAACCCUUCCCAAUAAAAAGCUGAACAAGUCGAAGGGUCUAAGAGGCACGUCCCCCCCUUCUGCAACUCCAUCUUUACCAUGGGUUUUACGACCGAAGCGGAAAAAGCAAACUUCCCCUCUACUCGAACCAAAGCCAAAACGAAUCCGAGGGCCCCAAAAGCAAAAAAAAGUUGGAUUAGAAUGAUGAUCAGGCGUGUUUUAUCUUGUUAUAGCGUAAUGGUAAGAAAUAAAUCUAUGAAUGCGA